UAAGCAUUACUUUGAAGGUUACACAAAAAUUCUCAGUGAGUUUAUAAAAACUGAUGCAUAUAGAAUGGAGGUUACACAAAGGCCUCCAAUGGCAGUUACAAAUGCUGUGUCCUGGCGUAGUGAAGGGAUACAAUACAAGAAGAAUGAAGUAUUUUUGGAUGUUGUGGAGAGCGUUAAUAUACUUGUUAACAGCAAUGGGCAAAUAGUGAGGUCAAGUUUUGUACUGGCUACUUCUCGCCAUCAUGACCAGCAGUGUUCUAGGAUCAGAUGUAUACUGAUUUCUGUCUAUUCUAGUUUAGCAUUUUAUGUAAUAUUGCAUACUGAAUUGUUCUUGGCGAUCUUCAGAUUUUAAUAUUAUCCUCAUCUG